UAUCAAGAAAUUAUUUUUAACAUUUAUUUUUUUAAUAAAUGUAUUUGAUACUAUUUAUGGCGGAAACCAAAUGGCAUAGCAUAGAGUAAACUUUCAAGUGAUAUGUCGUUGUCUUUUUAAGAAUACAAAUUUAAAAGUUUAAUUAAAAUUAGGAAAAAAAAUUAUAUGUAGGCUACGUGUAUACAUGUAUGUAACAUUGUUAGAAAUUUGUGUUGUUUAUUUUGUCAAAUCUAAGGUUUAAUAGAAUAAAAUGUGUAAUAAAGACUGGAGGAAAUGGUGUCGGCUUUGUGGAGAGGAAAAUGGUUCAAAAGUAGAUAUAACCAUAAAAAUGGAAAAUCAUGAUACUUUAAGUGUAUCGGUUGUUAAAUAUUUUGGAAUAAAAAUAUCCGAAAACAUCAAUAAAACUGCCAAAGUCUGUUUAGUGUGUUAUGACAUCAUUGACUCAAUCAUAAACUAUAAUGCACGCAUAGAGAAAGUUAACUGUAUGUUUCUAGAGCUGGAAAACUACUAUCAGACACACGAACAAAACCAGGAUUUAAAAUUUUUAAGAGAAAAAUAUAAGCUAGUUGAUCAAGAGGACAAGGUAACUGGAUUGGAAAUAGGGAAUCAUAAUCUCCAUAAAAGAAACCUUUUAAAAUUUAAAUCGGUAUGUGUCGUAGACGAAACUGUUGAUAACAGGAACGAAGUAACAGAAGAAGAAUUUUCAGAAAGCGCAAUCAGUCUGAAUGAAAAAAAUGAUGUUAAUAUAUUUGAAAAGGAAACAACACCCGCAAGUGAAAAUGAUUCAAAUUAUGACUUGUCAGAAGUAGAAGAAAAAAAGUUCGAAUGCCCUAAAUGUGGCAAAUGUUUUAAAUUCAAAAGGUAUGUUGGAGAACACAUUCGCAGAGUCCAUAAAAAAGAUAGACGAUACAUUUGUGAUGUAUGUAAAAUGGAGUAUGAAACUAAAAAAGAUUUAACUGAUCACUUUUCUACCCAUAAAGAGGAACGAAAAUAUAAAUGCUCUAUUUGUGAAAAAGACUUUAAGAAAAAACAGGAUUUAAGGAUACACGCUGCUGUUCAUGAUGGUAUAGGAUGUAUUUGUCAAAUAUGUGGUCUUAAACUCAAUACAAGGAGGCUUCUAAGGAGUCAUAUGGUUAUGCAUUCCGAUAAGAAAAAGUUUAAAUGCAACUUUUGCUUUAAAGAGUUUAAAAGAACGAAAGAAUUUAAAAAUCAUUUAAUAUUACACACUGGUUUAAAACCUUAUAAAUGCCCCUUUUGCAAAUUGAAUUUCGCGAAUGGCUCGAAUUGUCGUAAGCAUCAAAAAACCGUUCAUCCUACGGAAUUAGCAACCCAAGAGUUAAAAGGCAAAAAAAAAAUUUCGAAAUCCAUUCCAACUAUAGAAGAAUUGAACGCGUUAGUUUACCAAAAAGUCUCAUAAAGACAAUUCAAUUCUGCUCAAAUCUAUUUUAAAAUUUCCUUCAAAGGAUACUUUUUAAAUAACCUAAACAAAAUUGAUAAUAAUAAAAAUUAGUAAUUAAACAAAAAUUGAUAAUUAAUACACGUAUGUGUUUUAUAAGCAAAAACAGAAAGAAAAUAAAAUUUAAAUUUCUCAUGUCCAUCGAUCUCUUUGUAUAUACAUACACACAUACACACAAUUAUAUCGCAAACAAUUUAACUUUUUAUUUGCUUACGAACUUCUUAUUUCUAAACAACCAUAAUUAUAGGAAACUGAGUAUUUAAAUCUUCUACUAUUUCUAUUUCAGCUGGAAAACGCGUGGAAAACUUUUCAAAUACCUGCCAAAAUAUUUUCACAACAGAUUUUCACAACAAAUUACUGGAUUCUUCGAUUGCUAAAAACACUCAGAAUCGUUUUAUAAUGAAAAACAUUCAUAAUCGUUUUAUGUUCCAACUUUGCCAAAAAAAAACAUUUAAAGUUUUUUAAGGUUUUUUUCAAUAUUUUUCUCCCAAAACGUUUUUGCCAUAUAUUUUUAUUAUGUAUAUAC